AGUGGUAAAAACAAAUGGUACUUGAAAGGACCCACAUGUACACAAGUUAGACAAUGAACAAUACUUUGUAAAUAAGGUGUUAAUCAUCAGAAGCACUCCGGCUUCAUUUGUUAACUGUUAAUUAUUCUAACUUCAGUAACAGGCUGAGAAACAUGCCUGAAAUAAAAGUAACACCACUGGAUGUCCCUCAACUUCACUGUUCCCCCUCCAAGGUGCUGGACAGGAUGUCGGCCGCAGCUGCAUCCUCGUUUCCAUUGGAGGCAAAAAUAUUAUGCUUGACUGUGGGAUGCACAUGGGAUACAAUGAUGAUAGACGUUUCCCAGACUUUUCUUAUAUAACCCAGAACGGGCGUCUGACAGACUUUUUGGACUGUGUAAUCAUCAGCCAUUUCCACUUGGACCACUGUGGCGCUCUGCCCUUCAUGAGUGAGAUGGUGGGCUACGAUGGACCCAUCUACAUGACCCAUCCCACCAAGGCCAUCUGCCCCAUUUUGCUGGAGGACUUCCGCAAGAUCACGGUCGACAAAAAGGGCGAAACCAACUUCUUCACCUCGCAGAUGAUCAAGGACUGCAUGAAGAAAGUGAUACCUUUGAACCUCCACCAAACUGUCCAGGUGGAUGAUGAGCUGGAGAUCAAGGCGUACUAUGCAGGCCAUGUCCUGGGAGCUGCCAUGGUGCACAUCAAAGUGGGAUCAGAGUCUGUUGUCUACACUGGAGACUACAACAUGACACCAGACAGGCAUUUAGGUGCUGCGUGGAUUGAUAAGUGCCGUCCAGACAUCCUCAUCUCAGAGUCCACGUACGCCACGACCAUCCGAGACUCGAAGAGAUGCAGAGAGAGAGACUUUCUGAAGAAAGUACACGAAAGCAUAGAAAGAGGAGGAAAGGUUCUCAUUCCAGUUUUUGCCCUCGGAAGAGCACAAGAACUCUGCAUCCUGUUGGAAACUUUCUGGGAGAGAAUGAACCUGAAGGCGCCGAUCUACUUCUCCACCGGGCUGACGGAGAAAGCGAAUCAUUAUUACAAGCUUUUCAUCACGUGGACCAACCAGAAGAUUCGAAAAACAUUUGUACAGAGAAACAUGUUUGAAUUUAAGCACAUCAAGGCCUUCGAUCGCUCCUACGCUGAUAAUCCUGGACCCAUGGUGGUGUUUGCCACACCAGGUAUGCUGCAUGCUGGUCAGUCUCUGCAGAUCUUCAAGAAAUGGGCCGGAAAUGAGAAAAACAUGGUAAUCAUGCCUGGGUAUUGUGUACAAGGAACAAUCGGUCACAAGAUCCUAAAUGGGCAGAGGAAACUGGAGAUGGAAGGGAGAGCAACAUUGGAUGUGAAGCUGCAGGUGGAGUACAUGUCCUUCAGCGCCCAUGCAGAUGCAAAGGGCAUCAUGCAGCUCAUUCGCAUGGCAGAGCCUCGAAACAUGCUGCUGGUGCACGGAGAGGCUGUGAAGAUGGAGUUCCUCAAGGGCAAGAUUGAACAGGAGUUCAGCAUAGACUGCUACAUGCCGGCCAACGGAGAGACGGCGACUGUGACGACAAACCCCAGCGUCCCUGUGGAUAUCUCACUCAACCUGCUCAAGAGGGAGAUGGCUCUCGGAGGGCCUCUUCCUGAUCCCAAAAAACCUCGCACCAUGCACGGAACCCUGAUCAUGAAAGAAAACAGUUUAAAGCUGGUGUCAUCGGAACAGGCCCUGAAGGAGCUGGGCCUCAAUGAACAUCAGUUACGCUUCACCUGCCGUGUGCAACUCCAGGACCCGCACAGCGACCCCGACACACUUCACAGAAUCUACACACACCUCAAGAGCGUGUUGAAAGGUUACACCAUCCAGCACCUACCAGAUGGCACAGUCAUGGUGGAGUCUAUCGUCAUCAAAGUCUCCUCCUCCGCUGAAGACGCCAACACAAAGGUCCUGCUACUUUCCUGGAGUUAUCAGGACGAAGACCUCGGGAGCUUCCUCUCAAGUCUGCUGAAAAAGGGGCUUCCAUCUGGACUGUGCUGAAACAUCUUUUGUCCCGAAGCAAUGGACAUUUAAAGGAAAAUUCCCACCAAAAGAAUUCAUGUAUUGUCACAUGUUUGAACCUGGAUUUGUGUAGGCUGAGAAAUUACUCCCACUGCAGAGGCUUUCAUAUUUGUACCUUUAUCUGAAUUUGCUCCCUUCUACUGCUGGGAGUGUAUUUCACAACCUGGACCUUAUUUUCCCAUGUUUUUAUGUCAAUGACUAAUUGGUACAGUGUUAAGAGAGAGAGCUGCAGACGACAGCGGCAGACAGGCUGCAGCAGAAUCAGGGUAAUUAUACGCUGUCCAUUUACGUCCACUAAAAGUGCUUGUUUUGCCACUGACAGGCUCAGAUUAUCAUUAUAAGUGUCUGACAACAUUAUGGAAAGGAUCCUUACAGAGAUAGGCCUUUUUGAUAAAGAGUACGAUCAUUUUUGUUCAACCAGAAACGGCCUUGAAAUCAGUAUCGCCAAACCCACCAAAAUCCAUUUAAAUAAAUAGUCAUUUUUAUCAUCAUUAAACACACUUCAUUCAGAGUUGAAAAAAACAAAAUAAAUCUCACAAAAGCUGUCUUGGUUCGUCUUUUCACUUUUACAAUAUUUGCUAAUUCUGGUUUGAUUGAAAUAAACUCUUAAUUCACCCCGUUAGAUGUGGAAGCAUGCUGCCUCUACACAUGCUAAAAUUACUGUUUAUUUAAAUGGGAGUCUGGUGGUGAUAGCGAUGUCAAGCGGUUUCUGGUUAAACAAAAAGGAUCUUACUCCUUUACAAAGGGCUCUGUCUCUGUAGGGAUCCUUUCUGUAAUGUCAGACACUUACAGUAACAAUCUGAGCCUGUCAGUGGCAAAAACAAGCACUUUUAGCUGAUGUAAACUGACAGCACGAACAUGCCCAGAGUGGUUACAUUGCAGCCUGUUUCACCGCUUAACAAAUUGUUGCUCCCAUCAGUCACUUCGACACAAAAACAUGGGAAAAUAGUACCCAGGCUGCUGCCCUCUGAUUGGCCUGUUCUUUAUUAGUGACGGUCUUUCAUUUACAGACUGAACGGCACAAAGUCAAGACAAAUACUCAAAUUCUGAUUUGUACCUUUAUUUUGAUGUACAAAGUCAAUUUGAAUAAACACUUUUUAUAGAAAAGA